AGGAGAGUGUUGAUGAGGAGAGUGCUGAUGAGGAGAGUGCUGAUGAGGAAGAGAGUGCCGAUGAGGAAGUGAGCGAUGAUGAGGAUCUUGAUGCCCUUUUAGACAAGGCUCAAGAAGCGCUUCAACAACAACAUACUCCCGAAAUCCAACUUGAUGAAGCUAAAAAAGCUAUUAACACAAGAAUGUCUAAGAUGAAUAUUGGCAUUUCUGUAGACAAGGAGCUUUACUUUCAAACACAGAAUGGUCGACCCAAGUUGGUUGCAGAGGCAGUGGAGUUAGUUGACAAAGACGGAAAAGCAUCCAAACAUGCUACUGUAGUCUUGACUGCUUCCAAAGACGAUGACGCCAAGCGACUUAGCAAAAAGCAACGCCAACUUGAAAGAGAAAAGACAACAGGAUCAGCAUGGUUUGAUAUGCCCAAGGCAGAAAUGACACCCGAGAUCAAGCGUGAUUUACAAAUUCUCAAGAUGCGUCAUAUUUUGGAUCGUAAGAGACAUUAUAAGAAGAUGGGUAAUCGUCCUGAUCCCAAGUAUUUUCAGAUCGGUACGAUUAUUGAAAGUCCAACUGAAUUCUUCUCGGCUCGAUUAAAUAAGAAGGAUCGUAAACAGACCAUUGUAGAGGAAUUAAUGGCUAAUGAUGAUCAAAAGAUGUAUUAUAAGCGCAAGUAUAACGAAGUGCAAGAAAGAACCAACAGUGGAGGAAAGAAACAUUUCAAGAAACUCAAGGCUCAAAGACAAUGGGCUAAAUAGAAUACAACAAAGAACAACAAAAACCAGCAUACCACAUUAUCACCUUUCAUUUUUUUGUCUUUUUUUUUUCAAUUGUAUAGUUUUUCUUUUAAU